GCUACAAUGAGGUUUUUGGUGUUUGCUUGUGUGGUUUUAAGUGCGCAAGCGUUAGCGUUAAACCAUUUCACUCAACCUGAAGAUGAGCGAAACGGAAACGGGUUAAUGAGAGACAAAUUAAUGGAUCAAGAAAGUAGAGGGGUUUACUACGUUUACCAUCCCACUGGAUUACUGCAGAAAGUCAGCUAUUCAACUGAGAAUGACGACAGUAAAAUGGACUUUGCUGCUAAAUUGAAGUACGAGAAUGUCGAGCCUAUUGUUGGUCCAGUUUACACGUACCAUCCGAAAACUUAUGUGUUUAAAAGGUUGCAAUAAAUUUGUAUUGAGAUUA